UUAAACUGGAAGCAGUUGUUGGUGCGCAUGCGCUGGAUGACAUUAGAGAAAAUGGCAGGGCCCGUCGAUCUGGAGCUGAAAAAGGCCUUCUCUGAGCUGCAGGUGAAGAUGAUCGACACACAGCAGAAGGUAAAGCUGGCCGACCUUCAGAUCGAGCAGCUGACGCGGGUUCAGAAACACGCCAACCUGACGCACACGGAGAUCAGCACUUUGCCCAACAACACGCCACUGUACGAAGGCGUUGGCCGCAUGUUCAUCCUGCAGUCCAAGGACGACAUCGCCCAUCAGCUGAAGGACAAACAGAAAACUGCUGAUGAGAAAAUCAAAGAGCUGGAGCAGAAGAAGGUGUAUCUUGAACGCAGCGUCAAGGAGGCGGAGGACAACAUUCGAGAGAUGUUGAUGUCCAGGAGAGCCCAGUGAUGGAUGUUGAGUUCUAGUCCUAGUCUAAAUAUGUCCUCAGUGUUUCUAAUUAAACCGUGCAGAAUCACAGCGAGUCUCUUUUACACACAACAGGAAAGAGUUUUAUUUUGAAAGGUAGAUGACAUCAUCAUGUGUUGUUGGGCUUGUUGACAAAGUUGAUGGAGUAGGAGCCCGUGUUGCUGUCCUGGUUUACCUGGAAGUUGUUGGUCGAAAGGCCAAAGGGUCUCAGGACUAAGUUCCCAAGGUCCUUCAGUUUAUCUGCACAGGGCAAAGGUCAUCUAUUAAAAAAACAACACGUUUUAAAUGUU